UGUUUCUUUCUACUUUCGUACGUCCGCUCUCUCUCUCUCUCUCUCUCUCUCUCUCUCUCUCUAUAUAGUGAUUAUAUACAUUACAUUCCUACUCAUUCUUCCACUACCAGAGCUCUCCCGUUUCAAAUUCUCUCUCUUGAUUUCUUCAUCUACUUUCUCCCUCUAGAUUUGCAAACAAUUCAGCUUCAGUUUACAUCUUCUUACUCUGCUCUUUCUCUCUCUCUCUACAUUUGUGAUCUAAAACUUUGAGAACUUUGACAAUGUCGACACUAGACGAAAUCUCAGCUCUCGAGCUCAUCAGACAACACCUCCUCGGUGAAUUCUCUUCCAUCGACAGUUCGAGCUUCGUCUCCGACUCAAUCGAUUCUAUCACCAGUAGCGCAAAUUUUGAUCUUUUGAGCUCUGCAUCUGAAUCACUCUGUUCACAGACCUCAGGCUGUGACGAAGUGAGUACCAGUGAUUUAUUCGAUUUUAUUCCCUAUUCGUUCACUUUCGAGCAAAUUGAAAAUGAUUUCUUUGAAUUCGAAUCAAAACCCCAAAUAAUCGAUCUCACGAGUCCAAAGUCGAAAAUUUUGGACUUUGAAUCGAAUUCUGAGUUGAGAUUCAACGAUCCCAUGCCUUCGUUGAAGAUCGAUUUGGCUCCGGUGAAGAAAUUUGAGGUUUUGGAAUUCGCUGAGUCGACUCAGCCAUCGAGAGUUGUGUCUGUAAAGAAAGCUUUGAAUACAGAGGAAAGGUUACAUUACAGAGGUGUCCGUCGAAGGCCGUGGGGCAAGUUCGCGGCGGAGAUCCGAGAUCCGAACCGUCACGGGUCCAGAGUUUGGCUCGGGACAUUCGACACCGCCAUUGAAGCUGCCAAAGCUUACGACAGAGCCGCAUUCAAGAUGCGUGGAAGCAAAGCUAUUGUCAACUUUCCACUCGAGGUCGGGAAGUCGUAUGACACAACUGCCGCCGUGGACGGCGGCCGGAAAAGACAGAGAGACGUUGAAGCCGAGGCGGAGCAGAAGCCGUUGAAGAAGGAAAGGAUUCCGUUAACGCUGUCUGAUUGGACGGCAUGUCAACACUAGUAGCUAUACCGUUCCUCUCCUUCCGCCGUUAUCUCACCACCCGCCGUUUGGUUAUCCUCAGCUUAUGGAGUGUAUAUAAAAAGUGGCAUUUGAGAUAUUAGUUUCCCAAAAAUGGAGUUUAUAUUUGAACGUUGAUCCAUAUUUCGAAAUUUUAACGGCCUCCUGGAUUGUGUUUUCAUGGUUAUAGCUAGGUAAAAUGUAGAGAAGUAAAUUUACUCAAACAAAAUCCAAUUACGUGGGAGAAAAUAAAGAAAUAUAUUUGGCAUUUACAACCAUUACUCAUGUAAUUGUGCUAUAGGACCGAAUUGCUGCGCUUAUCAAAUUUAA